UGGUUUCAGAUGUAGGGUUGUGAACAGUGUUGUUUUAGUUCGGGAAGACAUUUAGUCGCACUAAGGCACCCGUGUCACAUAUUAUCAACGGGUGAAACCCAUAAAUAUCAAUUGACAAAUGCGGGUCAGACCCAUGUUAGAUGAUCAUCUUGGUCAUUUGAAACAAGGUUCAUGACAGUGCUGGGACAGGCAGCCAAUCAAAAUUGCUGUUGCUUGGAAUAUACUGUAUUUCAGUCAUAAUCAACUGCAUCACUUUGAUAGCAUGCAUAUCGCAACUUUUGGGCUUAAAAACUGUUGUGAUGGGAAGGAGAGGAAAGUCUAUAAUAGUUCAGACGCCGUUAAAUGUGGAUGUAGGCAAUUUUAGAGGUUCAAAUGAAAAGAUACGUCCAAUUAUAAAAGCAAGUUUUUGCGGGUACGGCCCGCUGUAGAUGAUCAUUUAAGCCAUCCAAAAUAUACAAUUUCAAGCGGAUAUGACAUUUGUGUGAGGCACACGUUGUAUACGCAAAUUUUGUGCGAAAUCGGUUGGAAGAACUGUCAAUUUUGCUUUAGAAAUUAUCAUCAUUCAGUACCAAUUGCGAAAUGAAAAAGCUUCAGAAGGUUAGUGUAAAGACAAUUGUCUUCGGAAGAAACGGAAAGUCUACACUACGUACGCCCUUAACUGUAGAUGUGGGCAAUACAAGCAAGGCCUCUGCUUCGGCUUCUGUCGACAUUUCGGAUCAGGAAAAUGCGUAUGGCAUGUGUCAUCAUCUUUCUGAUCACGAAGAAAAUUUUGCUGACAACAUUGGCCAAGAAGAAUCCGCUGCUCAUUUGCGAAAUGAGUGUAGGUUUGUCCCACUUUUUCCAAAUCACUCAUUAAUUGAUUCAGGUCAUCAGUGCAAUACGAAAGUGUCCAAGCUAUUUACACUAGUGGAUGCAUUUGGUAAUCAACACUUAAAACAAGUGUCAGUUUGUAGCUGUGAAAGCCAUGCUGUUACACUAAUUCGUGCUCAUUUUUGGCCUGGAUCUCCUGAGAGGCCCUCCAUUGGGUUUCACCUGAAGUUAAUGGAUUUGGCUGAAAAGUUAUUCCUUCAUAAUCAAGUUCCUCUAAAAGAUUUCUGUGAUCUAAUAGGGGAAUUACUACCAUCAAUGCAGCCUGUUCUUGUUAAAUCUUGGUAUAGAACACUGAAUUCUGGAUCUUUUGAGGAGUAUAGGUAUUACAAAUAUAGACUAAGGUAUUUGGAUUGUUACAUUCCUGGAUUGUAUAAUGGUGUAACUUGUCCCUUGUGUCCAAAGGAUAAAGGAACCCUUAUUGAAUGUGUGGAUGCAUGUUUCGGCCUGGCAAGAAGGAAAGGAAAAGGGGAUACAAGUAUUUCAUCAAGACAUGGAACAUUAUUAUUUAGUGACCAAGAUGACGUUGAUAAUUUUGUGGAUAACUAUGAGCAUACAAAAGAAAAAUCAGUUCAACAGCCACAGGACUGCAGUAGAUUCCAUGCUGGUGAAGUUAUUCCUGCACUGAGAAGCAAAGGUCGAAACCAACUUUUUGAUGAAAAGGGAGUAUUUGCAAGGGUUUGCAGGCAUGACUUUCCUAAAAGUUUGAUGAGCAUUAAACAUGGUGAAAGGAUUUCGUACUCGGUCUACGAGUUGGAAAAGCUUAAAGCAAGCAUCUCGUCAAAUGCAUUAAAUAUUGUUUUAAUGUAUGACAUCGCAUGUCUGUUAUCAAAUCAUCUUCAGGUUUCUGAUCAAGGAUCUUUGUUGUCUGACACAAGUCUGGCUAUACCCAUAUUUCACAGUUAUGGUCACAAAGCUUCUUGUCAGGUAAAAUACAGUCCGCGAAGGACCGAAAAUAUUGGCUUGACCGAUGGCGAAGGUGUGGAAAGAUUGUGGUCAUUCAUGAGACAAUUUUCGGCCAUUACCAAAGAAAUGUCAGUUGACAAAAGAGUUGAUGUUUUGACAGAUGCUUCAAUUCAUUACGGCGAACACCUUGUAGCUAAAUACGGCCCAAUGUUAAUGGCAAAACACUUUCGGACCACAUCAUUAUUGACUACUGUUGAAGCAGAGUUGAGCAAUCUUUUGACAAAUCUACCAGAUGGAUGUAACGAGACAGUCAUUAGGGCAUGGAUUGAAGAAGAAGAAAAAGAAAUAUCACCAGUGACAGAAAACCUGGACUAUCAGUGGGAUGAGUCCUAUGUUGAUUUGCUACUUACUUCCAAGAAAUUAAGGAAUGAAUUGAACUACGCUCAGGAAGAAGAGCCAGAACGGAUGCCUGUGAUUGAGAAGAAAAAUAAGAGGAACGAAAAAGCUUUAUCAGGAAUGGAAAGAAAACAGGGUGUGCGAAAGAGAUGGGAAGAAGGUGAACAGGCUUUUGAGAAUGCUUCAAAAAGGCUAAAUGUCAAGAAACGACAAACCAUUCUACUCACUCUUCAUCGUAUGGCAUCCGAGAGAGUCUUUAGGCAAAGUAUGCAGAUGGACAAGCAAUUGCCAUUAAGCUUGGGAACCAAAUUGAUCGCGUGGUUUCCAAUAUGAAGCGUAAUCUUGGUGUCAUUAAUGGACUGUCUGACAGUGUCAUGUCCUUCGACGACAUAAAGAAUCCUGUUGGAGAAAUAUUUCGCAGUGUCACGGUUGCUAAUAAAGAAGCAGACACACCUAUCCGCAUAAAAAAAAGGGCAAUUGAAUUGUUUUGCCUAAAAGAAAGGUGCAAAGAAGAAAUUGUUUUGCUUCGAAAUGAAAUGUUGGAAUUUUCUUCAUUUUUUCUUAGUCAGAUAGAAAUUAUCAAGUCUUUUCUGGGUCAAGAAGUGCUUGAGAAAGAUGUAAUUGGUUUGCGUUCUCUUGCAAGGUCAAAAAUGGUAUAUUAUCAGCAACAAUUACAGAGCCUUAAAAAGAUAUGGUCUGAUAUAGUGGUCAUACCUGUCCCAGAUCAUAAUAUCGUAACGUUUCAGCUAGCAACACCGUCUCAGAGUGUAGGAGGUUCGAUUGAAGUAGACGAUGUGGAAUUCGAUGAAGCAAUGGAUGGCAUACACGUGUAAUUUUAAACAGCUCGUGUUAAUUUCAAUCCUACCGUGUAUGAAUUACAUGUGACUGAGAAACAAAUUUCACUUUAGAAUAUUAUUAUUAGCUGGAACUAAUUAUUAACUUUCUGCCUAUAGCAUAAGAUGUUUUUACAAAAAAAUUCCUAGACCCUUCCUAGGUACAUUCAUAAUACAAAUUAUAAAAUAUAAUAAUUUAAAUAAAAAUUCAACGCUGUAAAUUGUUAUUCACAGCCUCCGAUUAACUAUAAAUGUUUGA